GCACUUAAAAUGGCACUGCCAUUUUGGGGCGGGUAGAGAAGGUGAAGGUGGUGCAGUAGUAUAUAAAGCUGAGCCAACAGUCUGGUCCUGCUCUGGAGGUUGGGGAUUUUACUGUGAGGAACGUCCCUAGUGUGGAUAUAAAGACGCUUCCAAGAUUUCGGGGGAAAAGAGGACUGAGCGUUGGACUUCAAUUGAUUUGGGCAGGCCCUCCACCAUGAGUAAAGGGGUAGGUGACCCAUUUAUGUGAUUAAUCAAAGCGCUGAUCAAAUUGCCAUAAAUUAAAUGUGAUUUUCCUUCAAUGAUCAAGGAUAUUGUUUAUUCACCCCCUGGCAAGAUGAUACAGGAUAUCAUUUCUUUGUCUUCAGGACUCUUACGACAUGUUUGAGAUUAAUGGAGAGGUGGACAUCAAGAUGAAGAAAAAGAAGAAGAUGAAGAAAAAGGAUAGGCUAGAGGGCAUGAAGAAGGAGAUGGACAUUGUGAGUGUAAUUCACAAGACCAAAAGGAAAUGAAAUGGGACAGAAUUGCAGCAUAAAUACAUUGUAGCUUUUACAGUCUGUCAAUCUUUACAGGAUGACCACGAGAUCACAAUAGAAGAGCUAGAGAUGAGGUAUACCACCAGUGUUACCAAGGUAACUAAACUACCAUGGGGUUUCUGUCUGUGCCUGUGUCUAUGUCUAUGUCUGUGUCUUUGUCUGUCUGUCUGUCUGUCUGUCUGUCUGUCUGUCUGUCUGUCUGUCUGUCUGUCUGUCUGUCUGUCUGUCUGUGUCUGUUUGUCUGUCUGUCUGUCUGUCUGUCUGUCUUUGUGAUGAAACAGACUGCUGCUAAUACAGAGUAAAUGCUCUCUCUCUCCCUCUCCCUCUCUCUCACUCUCUCCCCCUUCCUCCUCCCCUUCCCUCCCCUCAGGGCCUGACCUCCAGCAAAGCCGUGGAGGUUCUGGAGCGGGAUGGCCCCAACGAACUGCUUCCCCCCAAAGGGACCCCAGAGUAUGUCAAGUUUGCCCGCCAGUUGGCCGGAGGGCUGCAGUGUCUGAUGUGGGUGGCAGCCGUCAUCUGCUUCAUUGCUUUCGGCAUCGAGUUCUCCAGGGGAACCCUCGGGUGCUUUGACGAUGUGAGGAGGAGGGAGCGGGGAAAGAAAAAGGGGGAGGAGAGGAGGAGAGAGGAAGGGUAGGAGUAGGGGGAGGAGAGAGGUGGAGGAAGAGGUGGAGUACGAGACUAUAGGGCAGGAAUGUUGAACAAUAUUAGAAUAGUGAGGAAAGGAUUGUUGACAGAUGGAUAAGGAGAGAGUUGAAGCGUUCGCUAAAGUUACACUGGGAGGAUGAAGGAGGGGCUAAAGUUACACUGGGAGGGUGAAGGAGGGGCUAAAGUUACACUGGGAGGGUGAAGGAGAGGCUAAAGUUACACUGAGAGGGUGAAGGAGAGGCUAAAGGUACACUGGGAGGCAGAAUGAGAGGCUAAAGUUACACUGGGAGGCUGAAGGAGAGGCUAAAGUCACACUGAGAGGGUGAAGGAGAGGCUAAAGUUACACUGAGAGGGUGAAGGAGAGGCUAAAGUUACACUGAGAGGGUGAAUGAGAGGCUAAAGUUACACUGGGAGGCUGAAGGAGAGGCUAAAGUCACACUGAGAGGGUGAAGGAGAGGCUAAAGUUACACUGAGAGGGUGAAGGAGAGGCUAAAGUUACACUGAGAGGGUGAAGGUGAGGCUAAAGUUACACUGGGAGGCUGAAGGAGAGGCUAAAGUUACACUGAGAGGGUGAAGGAGAGGCUAAAGUUACACUGGGAGGCUGAAGGAGAGGCUAAAGUUACACUGAGAGGGUGAAGGAGAGGCUAAAGUUACACUGGGAGGCUGAAGGAGAGGCUAAAGUUACACUGAGAGGGUGAAGGAGAGGCUAAAGUUGCACUGUGAGGCUGAAGGAGCAAGUACUGAAUGUGAAGAAAGGGGAAUAUAUACGAUAACAACAUGUAUUACAUCUUCAACAUAUUGUGACUGUUUGUUUCAUCACUAUUUAUCUGUGACCACACCUGUCUACAGCUGUACCUCGCCAUCACUCUGAUCACUGUUGUUGUGGUGACUGGCUGUUUCGGUUACUACCAAGAGUUUAAGAGCACCAACAUCAUCGCCAGCUUCAAAAAUCUAGUGCCACAGGUAAAGAUAUGGAAAUACAUUAUAACUAGAGAAAUACAUUAUAACCAAGGAAAUACAUUGUAACUAAGGAAAUACAUUGUAACUAGGGAAAUACAUUAUAACUAGGGAAAUACAUUAUAACUAAAGAAAUACAUUAUAACUAGGGCCAUGAGUAUUUCCUGAACAUGUUACCAGACCAGGAAAAACUCCUGGCCCUGAAUACCCAUACAACAGUUACUUUGUUAUUGUAAGAAACUGUUUACUUUCAUGACAAAUAUAUUCCUUUCAUCAAGACAGAUCAUAAUCCACUCACUACAGCACUGAGCCAAGGCAGUCAGUCCAUCAAUCAAUCAUUGAAAUCCUGGGAUUUGGUAUAACCAUCUAUCUCUUUCUAGCAAGCCCUGGUGAUCCGUGAUGGGCAGAAGAACCAGAUCAAUGCCAUGGACCUGGUGGUGGGAGACCUGGUGGAGAUCAAGGGCGGCGACCGUGUGCCUGCUGACAUCCGCAUCAUCUUUGCCCAGGGCUGUAAGGUAGGUACAAUAGGCCACCAGUUCCCAUUAUAGACCACUAACACAGUUUCAAUGGCUAAGGGUGUUGAUGAAGGUUGAGCAGGAAUGUGAACAUAGAGCUAGGAUUAGGGCUAGGAUUAGGGCUAGGAUUAAUAUUAGGGUUAUAGAGUUAGGGUUAGGGCUGAAGCUAGGAUUAGGGUUGAUCCGGGAUGUGGACAUGAAGCCAUAGUUAGGGUUAGGGUUGACUCGGGAUGUGAACAUGAAGUUAGGGCUAGGGUUAGGGUUAGGUUAUGCAGAAGACCUCGGUUUGAACCCUGGUUGAUUUCAUAUGUUAUAACCCUGAUUUCCUUGAUCUCAUCAUCCCCUCCAGGUGGAUAACUCAUCCCUGACAGGAGAGUCAGAGCCCCAGAGCAAAACCCCAGAGUGUACCCACGAGAACCCCCUAGAGACCAAGAACAUCGCCUUCUUCUCCACCACCUGCCUGGAAGGUAGACACUGAGGGAAGGACGGCUCAUAAUAAUGGCUGGAAUGGAGUCAAUGGAAUGGCAUCAAACAUCAUGGAAACAAUGUGUUUGAUGAGUUUGAUCCCAUUCCAUUUAUUCCGUACGAUGAGCCCGUCCUCCCCAAUUAAGUUGCCACCAACCUCCUGAGCUACACACACACAUAAACACAUACACACACACACUGGCAUGCAGACACACAUACACGCUGCCACCACUGCCUGAAAGGUACUACAGACAGACUCCAGAGGAGGUUGGUGGGAGGAGCUAUAGGAGGACGGGCUCAUUUUAAUGGCUGGAAUGGAAUAAAUGGAACAGAGUCUGAUGUGUUUGGUAGUAUUGGUACCAUUCCAUAUAUUCCAGCCUCCUCUGACAGACACACACCCCUUAUUCAAUCACACACAGAAAAUAUUCACACAGAAACACUUACACUCAUAACAACACAAAUUAGCAAAAACAUCAACAUCAUAAUCACAAUGUAAUCUAAAAUCCCUUUUCCUCUGCUUGGCCCCUACCAGGAGUGGCCACAGGAACGGUCAUCAACACGGGUGACCGCACCAUCAUUGGCCGCAUUGCCAGCUUGGCGUCAGGCGUAGGCAAUGAGAAGACACCAAUUGCCAUAGAGAUUGAGCAUUUUGUUGACAUCAUUGCUGGGCUGGCCAUCUUCUUUGGAUUCACCUUCUUCGUGGUGGCCAUGUUUAUUGGCUAUGCCUUCCUGGAGGCUAUGAUCUUCUUCAUGGCCAUCGUGGUGGCCUAUGUACCUGAGGGGCUGCUGGCUACUGUCACUGUGAGUCAACACUGAGGCUCUGGUCUGUCUAGGCCUUCAUCAAGUUGGUUAUUAACAGUUUUCAUCCACCUCCUCCCUCUCUCUCCCCCCAGGUGUGUCUGUCGCUGACGGCCAAGCGACUGGCCAGGAAGAACUGUGUGGUGAAGAACCUGGAGGCUGUGGAGACCCUGGGCUCCACCUCGGUCAUCUGCUCCGACAAGACGGGCACUCUGACCCAGAACAGGAUGACCGUUGCCCACCUGUGGUUCGACAAUGUGGUCCAUGCCGCAGACACCACAGAGGACCAAUCAGGUCAGAGCUUUGACCAAUCAUCCGAGACAUGGCGAUCGUUGGCAAGAGUGGCAGGACUCUGUAACCGGGCCAUCUUCAAACCCAACCAGGAGUCUCUACCUAUUCCUAGGGUGAGCAGAUCGAUACCAGCCUCAACAGACACAUUGGCAAACAUAUUCAUUCUCAAACACAGCAUCAAUUAAAAACUAGAUGAUUUAUGAUGUAAACACCUUUUUUCAUAUACACCUAUGUGCAACAGAGAAUAGUGGUGGGCGACGCCUCAGAGACGGCUCUGCUGAAGUUCACUGAGCUGGCCAUAGGGAACAUGAUGGAAUACAGGGAGCGAUUCAAAAAGGUUGUUGAAGUACCAUUCAACUCCACCAACAAGUUCCAGGUAAGAGGCCUGAUUUUCUGAUCUGAUUUCAAGUCAGUCUGUUGAAAGUGUGUUAUAUAAUCUAUAGUAUGUUGUAUAGGUGUAUCAUGUGACCAUUAGAAUUACCUUAAUGGCGUUACCAGAAUGAGCUAUUUGUGUUUGAAUUAUACUCUCUCUCCCCCGGUGGCGAGAAGCUGUCAGUGCAUGAGUUGGAGGACCCCAUGGACCUGCGCUACCUGCUGGUGAUGAAGGGGGCGCCAGAGAGGAUCUUGGAGCGCUGCUCCACCAUCCUGAUCAAGGGCCAGGAGCUGCCCCUGGACGAACAGUGGAGAGAGGCCUUCCAAACCGCAUACAUGGACUUGGGGAGCCUGGGGGAGAGAGUGCUGGGUAAGGGACUGUGUUGGGGAGUAGUGAACUACAUGUAGGCUCUGUCGCAGCCGGCCGCGACCGGGAGACUCAUGGGCGGCGCACAAUUGGCCCAGCGUCGUCCAGGGUAGGGGAGGGAAUGGCCGGCAGGGAUGUAGCUCAGUUGAUAGAGCAUGGCGUUUGCAACGCCAGGGUUGUGGGUUCGAUUCCCACGGGGGGCAGUAUAAAAAAAAUAUGUAUUCACUAACUGUAAGUCGCUCUGGAUAAGAGCGUCUGCUAAAUGACUAAAAUGUAAAUGUAAUUCAACUAGUAAUUUUUUUAGUAGCUUGGUAGUAGUUGAAUUAAAUUCAAAUCUUGGAAGUGUUUUCAGUAGUUUUACUUUUUUAGUGUUACUUUUUUGCCAUGUAGCAUUGUAGCUAACUACUGGAACUACACACUACUUUUUUGGGCUAAAAUAAAAUAAAAUAUGGGUGACCAGUGAAGUAGGCAAGAAUUUUCUUAAUUUUUUUUGGCAUCAGACCUGCCUAAUGUUUUGUGUUUACAUUUUAGUCAUUUAGCAGACACGACUUAUAUUGGCCCCCCAUGGGAAUCGAACCCACAACCCUGGCCAUGCUCUACAUCCCUGCCAGCCAUUCCCUCCAAUACCCUGGGCCAAUUGUGCGCCGCCCCAUGGGUUUCCCAGUCGCAGCCGGCUACGACAGAGCCUGGAUUCGAACCAGGAUCUCUAGUGGCACAGCUAGCACUGCGAUGCAGUGCCUUAGACCACUGCGCCACUCAUCUGACUGCAGAAUGAUCUGUUCUUGCAAUUUGUAGUCUAUGACGUUUCAGAUAUAAUAAUUUAACACAAAGUGAGUUUGGAUGUAGUGAACUACUUUUUCUAAGUAACUUUAGUUAAGUAAACUAUGUUUUUCUUAAUGGUAGCUUUAGUGUAGCUUAACUUCUUACAUUUUAGUCAUUUAGCAGAUGCUCUUAUCCAGAGCGACUUACAGUUAGUGAGUACAUACAUUUUUCAUACUGGCCCCCUGUUGCAAACGCCAUGCUCUACCAGCUGAGCUACACGGGGCCGUGUGAAUUCAUUCUUCCAGUGUGAAUUAAUUUGUAGCUUGAUAAGCUAUAUUUUCAGAGUAGCUUCCCCAACAGUGGUAAGGGACCAUACAAGGCUAUAGGAAACCAUGCAGGAAUGCUGUAGGAACAAGCCAAGAGAGAAAAGCAACAGGAUCAAGUGACUACAAUAGAGGAUGAGGGGAGAAAAAUUACAUCUAAAUAAUGUGAAAAUACAAAAUAGUACCACAGAAGCUCAGGGGAAAUUGGUACCUUAAUGGUGUCUCUUCUAUGGGCCCAUAAAAACUAUUAACCCCUCCAAUCUGUCCAAACAUUUGUCUCCAGGUUUCUGUCACAUCUAUCUGAAUGAGAAUGAGUUCCGUCGUGGUUACAAGUUUGACUCUGAUGAGAUGAACUUCACCACGUCUGGUUUGUGUUUCGCUGGACUCAUCUCCAUGAUCGACCCGCCCCGCGCCACUGUGCCAGACGCUGUCAUGAAGUGCCGCACGGCUGGAAUAAGGGUACGAGGGUCAAAUGGGGGAGAGAUUGAGCAAAGGAGAAAGACAGAAAGAGAGAAAGGGAGAGAGAGAGAGAGAGUUAGAACAUAGCUAAUACAAGGUAACAGACCCUCACAGUAUCUCUCAUUGUGUCACAUCAACCUACAUCAACUCAUUCCACUGUGAACUCCCUCAGGUAGUCAUGGUGACGGGCGACCACCCGAUCACGGCCAGAGCCAUCGCAGCCAACGUUGGCAUCAUCACAGAGGGCAGUGAGACAGUAGAGGACAUCGCCACCAGGAAACGCAUCCCCGUGGAGCAGGUCAACAGGAGGUGGGUCUUGGUCCCCAACACCAACACGGUAUGGCAGGGUUAGGAUUCUGACUCUCACUGUGGUUGAUUCAUCUCCUGUGACAGAUUUGACUAUUUAUACAGAGUUUGUAUAUCAAAUAAGAAGGAGUGAGAACUCCUAAAACUUCUUGGAGGUAAUAUCGCCCUGUCAGUGGAUUUGACAUGUCUAUUCUAAUCUAUCAUAUUCUAAUCUAAUCUAUUCUAUGUGGUCUUCAGGGAUGCCCGUGCCUGUGUGAUCAGUGGCGGUCAGCUGAAGGACAUGAGCAGUGAGGAGCUGGACGAAGCGUUGAGGAGUCACCCUGAAAUGGUGUUCGCCCGCACCUCCCCCCAGCAGAAACUCAUCAUCGUGGAGAGCUGCCAGCGCCUGGUGAGCCCCCCCCGCCCGCCCCGCCCCCCACCAAUACCAAGACUUUAGUCACACUGCAUUCCAGAGAGGUUUUUGGUUUUGCUUACCCUUCUUUUUUGUCAUGUUAUCUCUCUCAAACCCUCUCAUCCCAUCUCUUUCUCUCUCACUCUCUCACUUUCUCUCUCACUAAGGGCUCCAUUGUGGCUGUGACAGGUGAUGGGGUGAACGACUCCCCUGCGUUGAAAAAGGCAGACAUCGGUAUUGCCAUGGGCAUAGCUGGCUCUGACGCAGCCAAGAAUGCAGCUGACAUGAUUCUGCUGGAUGACAACUUUGCCUCCAUCGUCACAGGGGUGGAGCAGGGUGAGUGAGAGUGUCUUAGCAAAUCACAAAAAAAUUGCCAUUUUAACAGGCUGAUUACAAUUUAAAUGUAUCCUGUGAACCAAUAUUUGGUUUCACAAAGUUAAGCCUUCAUGAUACUAAGUAAUAAUGAUAUUGAGGGAAUGAUUUCGACCAUAUUUGACACCCAGGCCGUCUGAUCUUUGACAACCUGAAGAAGUCCAUUGCGUACACGCUGACUAAGAACAUUCCGGAGCUCACGCCCUACCUCAUCUACAUCACUGUCAGCGUUCCUCUGCCAUUGGGCUGCAUCACCAUCCUCAUGAUCGAGCUGGCCACUGACAUCGUGAGUCUCCUCUUCUUCCUCACCCCUCAUCUCCCUGCUCUCUAAGACCACUCUAGAAUGAUGCCGAUUCUUCUUCUUCUAUCCCACAGUUUCCCUCUGUGUCUCUGGCCUAUGAGAAGGCAGAGAGUGAUAUUAUGCAUCUGAAACCCAGGAACCCGCGUAAGGAUAGGUUGGUGAAUGAAGCUCUGGCUGCCUACUCCUACUUCCAGAUUGGUGAGGGUUCAUGUCUGUUCCUGUAGUAUGUAAAUGUCUGGAAGAGGCCUUGCUUUUUCACUAGGUCCUUUGAGCUCGAUUGAUCCUUGAAGCUGAAUGGUUUAUUGACCAAUAUUCAAGGUGAUAAUCUACAAAUAGUCUAAUAGUACAUUUUUCAUGUUCAAUUUUCUCCUCCCUCCCUCUCUUUUUGUUUCUCUCUCCCCCUUUCCCCCUCUUCCCUUCUCCAGGAGCGAUCCAGUCUUUCGCUGGUUUCACAGACUACUUUACAGCGAUGGCCCAGGAGGGCUGGUAUCCCCUGCUGUGUGUGGGGCUCAGGUCCCAUUGGGAGAACGUCCAUCUGCAGGACCUGCAGGACAGCUAUGGCCAGGAGUGGGUGAGUGUGUGUGGCUUACUGUAGGAUAGAUAUGGCCAGGAGGGGCUUAGUGUGUGUGUGUCUUAUGGCCAGGGGUGGCGAGUGCGUGUGGCAUUACAGCGCCCUCACUUACCUGUACCUCCUGGAAAUGCCUGUUGAAAAUCUCCUGUCUUGUCUGUUCUGCAGACAUAUGCCCAGCGUCUGUAUCAGCAGUACACCUGCUACACUGUCUUCUUCAUCAGUAUCGAGAUCUGCCAGAUUGCUGACGUGUUGAUCAGGAAAACCCGCCGUCUGUCCAUCUUCCAGCAGGGCUUCUUUAGGUCAGUGGAUGGUGACUGCAGGGAACAAAUGUCUCUUACUCCCUACAUACAAUCAUAUACUCCAUUUUAUGUCUCGUUCAUGAAAGGAUGGUGGCAGAGAAGGCUUCCAACAAAAUAACUUGGGAUGUGUCAAUCUUAAUGGGGCUAAUAAAACAUUGUUUGAUCAUCCUCCAUGUUUUCCCUUUGUGUGCAGGAACAAGGUGCUGGUGAGUGCCAUCGUCUUCCAGCUGUUACUGGGUAACCUGCUGUGCUACUGCCCAGGGAUGCCUAACAUUUUCAACUUCAUGCCCAUUAGGUACUGUUACACUAUUUUUUACUUAAAUGGUUGUCGAUUCAUCUUCUCUGUCAUUGUUUUGAUGGCUUUCAUGUUGGUUUGUUCAUGCGUGUAACUCCCCCUUACAGGGGCCAAUGGUGGUUCGUUCCAAUCCCGUACGGAAUUCUAAUCUUCGUCUAUGACGAGAUCAGGAAGCUGGGGGUCAGAAGACAUCCAGGAAGUAAGUAACCAUGCUUGCCUCUGUCUUAUCCAUUCAUUCAUCCAUGCAUCUAUCCAUCCAUUCAUCCACCCACCCACCCACCCAUCCAUCCACACACCCACCAACCCACCCACCCAUCCAUCCAUCCAUCCAUCCAUCCAUCUAUUUAUCAUCUAUCCAUCCAUUUCUUGCAGUAGUCCACCCUAAUUCUGAUUAUUUCCAUUCCCUCUCACAGGUUGGUGGGACCAGGAGCUGUAUUAUUGAGAGAAGAGGGCAGAUAUCUAGACCAGAGCCAUUGGUAGACAGACGCAGGUUAGCGUUUUUCAUCAUGAAUCUUGUUCUGGAGGCAGCUCUGCUCUGCAGAGUGGUCACUAGCUGGCAAAGACACAAAGUCAUAAAAUCAGUUUUUAAUCCUAACCCUAACCUUAACCCUAACCUUAACCACACUGCUAACCCUAGCUAAUGGCUAACCCUAAACUUAUUUUUGUUUUCAUGAACUUUUACAAUAUAGCCAAUUUGACUUUAAAGCUGCCCUAAGAGGAAAUCGCUCAGUUCUGCCUCUAGGACAAGACUCAUGACAAUAAACGUAAACCUGCUAUACAGACGGAGUCUGGCUAGCAAACUAUCCUCCGUCUUGGCCCCAAACAUUCCAUUACAAACAUUGGUGCCAUGGUGUCCAUUAGAAUUUAAAUAUCAAACAAGGUUUGCCAAACUCUGAAUAUCCUAAACCAUUUCUGAUAUGGAACCAAAUCUUAUACAUUGAAACAAUAACCAUAAAUUCUUAUGUGAUAUGUUUUUAAAGACACCUCCAUGUUCUAAUACAAAAAAUAGAAUGCUUGAUGUGAGUUUGUCAUGUCAAAUUUAAUUUAGAAUAAUAAUAAUAAUAAUAAUAUGCCAUUUAGCAGACGCUUUUAUCCAAAGCGACUUACAGUCAUGCGUGCAUACAUUUUUGUGUAUGGGUGGUCCCGGGGAUCCAACCCACUAGAAUCCUUUCCUUUGCUUCUGAAUUCCAUUGCCUUUUUAUGUAUAACAUCAAACAUAUUUGCCAUCAAGGGUUCUUUCUUGGUGAUACAGUAGCCUAUAUGCAUUGUAUUUCUGUAUUUGUAUGAAUAAAGUGUGUCAAAUAUAAUGUAUUGUAUGACUUCAUAUUCUAGAGAGAUACCUGAAAUGUUUCUCCACCAUUAUAAUUUCAAUUCAAAUUAAUGAAUCACUUUUAUUAAAAGCCAGAGACACUCAGGGGUUUGUCCAUUGUGUAGCUCAGUCUACCUCUGGUUGAUCUAAUCUUAUCCUGUCCUACAUCUGUCCACACAGCAUCAGACCGUCUGCUUGGCUGUGGGUGGCUGAGCUGGGCUGCCAUUGGCUGAGCUGGGUUGUGGGUAGGCUACUCCCCUCCCUCCAGGAUGACUUUACAGAAUUCACUUCCUGACUCCAUUGAUGUUGCUGCUUUCCUUAGGAGAACGAUAUUGCGAAAGAAAAUAAUUAGAUUCAUCAAGUAGCUGAUAGGCUCAUUAUCCUUGUUAUUGGCCUUUCCCUAUUUCUGUGCAUUAACAACACCGGUAUGCAACAGUAAUGUGCCCGCCAGAAUGAGUGGUACCUUUAAGCAUUUUUUUAAUUCUCAAAUCCAUAAUAUAGCUUUGACACCUCCACAGUGAAAAAAGCUUGAGGGAUAUGAUGUCAUUGAUGUACUUCCUUUCCUUUGGGUCAUUUCAACGCACUACCACACGAUGGGGCCAUUGAGUAAAGUAGACUACAGUGUGUUCUUGGUUUGACACAAUGACUAUGGUUUGACAGCUAAUUGGCUUCACAUAUUAUUAUUCCUAUACAUUUAGAUAUUUUUGCGCCACUCACCAUAUGUGAUGUAACAUUUAAUAUACACCCUGUUCAGUCAGAUUAGAGAUGAAUCUAGUCAACUUCAAAACUCAACGUUUAAUAAGCUGUAGACCACACUAUUUACCAAGAGAGUUUUUAUCUAUAUUUUUCAUAGCUGUCUAUAAGAUUGCACUCAAUGAGCUGAAUAAGGCCAUAACUAAACAGGAAAACACUCAUCCAGAGGCAGUGCUCCUAGUGGCCGGGGACUUUAAUGCAGGGAAACUUAAAUCCGUUCUACCUUAUUUCUACCAGCAUGUUAAAUGUGCAACCAGAGGAAAAAAAACUCUAGACCACCUUUACUCCACACACAGAGACGCAUACAAAGCUCUCCCUCGCCCUCCAUUUGGCAAAUCUGACCAUAACUAUAUCCUCCUGAUUCCUGCUUAUAAGCAAAAACUAAAGCAGGAAGCACCAGUGACUCGGUUAAUAAAAAAGUGGUCAGAUGACGCAGAUGCUAAGCUACAGGACUGUUUUGCUAGCACAGACUGGAACAUGUUCCGGGAUUCUUCAGAUAGCACUGAGGAGUACACCACAUCAGUCACUGGCUUCAUCAAUAAGUGCAUCGAUGACGUCGUCCCCACAGUGACCGUACGUACACCAACCAGAAGCCAUGGAUUACAGGCAACAUCCGCACUGAACUAAAAGGUAGAGCUGCCGCUUUCAAGGAGCGGGACUCUAACCUGGACGCUUAUAAGAAAUCCCGCUAUGCCCUCCGACGAACCGUCAAACAGGCAAAGAGUCAAUACAGGACUAAGAUUGAAUCACACUACACUGGCUCUGACACUCGUCGGCUGUGGCAGGGCUUGAAAACUAUUACAGACUACAAAGGUGUCUUGUUUUGUAUGCUUUGUACAAAAUAAUAAAAUGCAGGACGACAGGAUAUUUAUAAACGUAGCUCUUUAUUAACUAGCUGUAACUGGCAUGUCCAUGUGUCUCUGGCCAUGAUCAUCUUUAGAAUGCCCUCAUCACCUGGGUGGUCUUAACCAAUCAUAGCACAGUAUGAUAUGACAGUAUAAUGAAUCCAAUUACAAUUCAGUAUGCUGACACAUAUGAAUAUUACAUCCCCCUUCUUUUAAAAAAAAGAAAAAAUAUGUAGAACAAUAAAGCGUUUCUUUUGAAUAUAUGCUCUGUAGUUUGAACUCGAGGUAAGUAACCAUUUAAACUGCACCAACUGCAUCAACAUAACAGACAAACAAUGAUUCAGCAUACUGUUACUUUUAGAACAAAUAUUUCUCAGCAACUCAGCUUUUCACUGUAGCAAUGACAUCUCAACAUAUCAAACAAAUACCAUACCAAAGCAUUUCAAGUUAACUUUCAAUAACAAGUUUACAGUCUGGAACUCUUUUAGGGCAGCGAUCCGCCUACACCCUUUGACAUUUCACAGGUCUAGGACAGCUCUAGGCUUGACCUCUCUUCCUGACCUUGUGUGAUAUGAAGCUGAGCAUGCUUCUGUGUCAGUCAACAGUUAUUGUGGUGUUGCAGGUAAGUAUGGUGUAUGUUGUGUUGUGUCUGUGUUUAGUCCACCCCGUUCUCUUUCAGGGGAACAGUUCAUCUCGUCAGUGUGUUGUUCUUUUGUGUUCAGUAGGUGACGACGAUUGCGGCGGUACACCGCUCCUUCUGCGGUGCGAACGAGAUAUGAACGUUCAGUGUCAGCUGGUUGGAUGACGACUGCUGGCUUCCAGUAGCCGUGCUCCUGGAUUCUAACUGACUCUCCAUCGUUCAGUGGUGGCAGUGGUCUGGCUGACCUGUCGUAGUAUCGCUUUUGCUGUUGUUGUCUCUGUGCACGUUUUGCAUGCACUUCCUUGUAGCUGACGACCUCAGGUUGCAGCUGCUGGUUGGUGCUGGGAAGGAUUGAGCGAAGUCUGCGGCUCAUCAACAGCUGGGCUGGUGAUUUGAAGUUGUCAACUGGAGUGUUGCGGUAUUCAAGGAGACCAAGGUAGGGGUCUCUCUUGUCUGCUUUUGCUUUGUCCAUGAGUGAUUUAGCGAUCUGCACAGAUUUUUCAGCAAGGCCAUUACUUUGAGGGUAAUGUGGGCUUGUGGUGACGUGUGUGAACUCCCAUGCUUUUGUGAAGGAUUCAAACUCAUUUGAUUUGUAACAGGGCCCAUUGUCAGAUAUUAAAGUCUCUACAAUGCCAUGCCUGGCAAAGGCUGCUUUCAGCUUGUGUAUCACAGCUGCAGAUGUGGUGCUGUGAAGCUUGUCGAGUUCGAAGUAUCUGCUGUAGUAGUCCACUGUUAUAAUGUAGUCCUCGUUGUUCCACGUGAACAGAUCUGUUGCCACGACCUGCCAGGGUCGGUCUGGGAUACGGUGAGGUAACAUUGGCUCUUUGGUGUUUGAGGGGCGUCAUUCAAGACAGGUGGGGCAUUUACCAACCAUGUCCUCUAUUUGUUUGCACAUUCCGGGCCAAAACAAAAUGUCCCGUGCUCUCUGUUUGCACUUUUCCAUGCCCAUGUGUCCAGCAUGGAUCUUUGUCAAAAUCUCUUCUCUGAGACUGGUAGGAAUGAUGAUUUUCUCUCCUUUGAAAAUUAUUCAGUUGAUCUGUGAUAGUUCGUCACGAUGGUUCCAGAACUCUGAGACGCUCUGAGGGCAUUUUCUCCUCUCCUCAGGCCAUCCUGACUGUAUGACUUUCCUCAGCUGUGUGAGUUGUGUGUCUUUUUCUGUUUCUGCUCGGAUCUCCUUCAGUUUUGUGUCACUAACUGGUAAGUUGCUGUACACAGUGUGCACCUGCAUGUCCAUGCCUUCACUGAGGCUGCUGUCCUUGUAGGUAAGAAACUUCCUGGAGAGUGUGUCUGCGACAGGGAUGUCUUUGCCUGGACGGUGAGUGAUUGUGAAGUCGUAUUUUUGUAGUUGAAGGAUCAUUCUCUGUAGCCUUGGCGGGGCUGCGGCUAACGGUUUCCUCAUGAUUGACUCGAGGGGCUUGUGGUCUGAUUCCACAAUGACUUGUCGUCCAUAGACAUACUGAUGGAAACGCUUACAUCCGAACAGAAUGGCGUACAGCUCCUUUUCGAUUUGAGCGUAGUUGAUUUCACAGUCUGUGAGAGAUUUGGAAGCGUAGCCUAGUCCAUACUUUGACGCGUCCACCUGGAGUCUGAGCUCUUUGUUGGGGUCGUAGUAGGCAAGGAUUGGUCCUGGUUCUCUCGUGAUCAAGUCUUUCACUUUCUGGAAAGCGAUGUCGUGUUGGUUGUCCCAGAGGAACUCACUGGACUGCUUUAGCAGCUGACGCAGGGGUGCAUUAGCAUUGGAGAGGCUGGGUGCGAACUUGGCUAAGUAGUUGACCAUGCCAAGCACUGUUUCCAGCUCUGCGCGGUUCUUUGGUGGCUCCAUUUCCUUUAUGGCUGAGAUCUUCUGCGGAUCUGGCUUGAUUCCAUUCGCUGUGAGAAGAUGUCCAAAGUAGCUGACCUCUGUAGCGCCGACUGUGCUCUUCUCGGGGUUGAGCCGGACUCCUCUCUCGCGGGACCUUUGCAGCAUCGCGUUGAGGUUUCUGUGGUGUUCCUCUUUGGUUCGACCAUAGACACGGAUGUCGUCCACAAUUGCCACGACUCCGUCGAGGCCUUCGUACACCUCGUCGAUCUUUCGCUGAAACUCGUCUUGGGCUGAGAUAAUCCCAAAAGGCAGGCGACGGAACCUGUAGCGUCCAAACGGUGUGUUGAACGUUGUGAGCUUAGAUGACUCUUCUGUGAGCUUGAUAGCCCAGUAGCCUGAUCUGGCGUCCAUGACACUGAAGUAGCGUGCGCCCGCUAGCUUGUGUGUGAUGCCAUCUAGCGUCGGUAAGGGGUAAUGGGGGCGUUUGAUAGCCUUGUUCAAGUCUCUUGGGUCGAGACAUACUCUGAGCUUGCCUGUGCGUGGUUUCUCCACCACCACUAACGCGUUGACCCAAUCCGUCGGUUCUGUAACCUUGGUGACGAUGUCAGAUUGCUCCAUGCUCUCCAACUCUUUCUUCAGACGGGCGCGGAGAGCAAGUGGAAUCUUUCUCGGUGGGUAGACCACAGGGGUUGCGUCUGGGUCAAGGUGAAUGGUACAUUCUCCUGGGAAUAGUCAUAUUCCUGUAAAAACAUCAGCAAACUCCUCCAUGACAUUCUUUAUCUCUACUGGUGCUGUCACUGAUAAAACUAGCUUGAUAAGGUCCAUGUCUAAACAUGCUUUAAGACCUAGCACUGCAGGUGCUCGAGUGUCAACAACGUAAAAGUCCAACAUCAUGUCCCUUUCCUUGUAUUUGCAUUUGAGAGUGCAUGUGCCUUUUACUGGGAGCUGUUCACCACCAUAACCAGUCAGUCUGCGCGUGGUGGGCUGUAGCUCACACUCAGAUGUCAAGCUUCUGUACUUACUCAGAGGAAUAAUGUUUACUUGUGCACCAGUGUCUAGUUUGAAUUUUAGCUCUGUGCCUUGUCUUCCUAUCUCAAUGUCAGCAAAGGCUUGCUCUGUCUCUGAUAUCUGACUUUUCUGUGUCACUGAAUCAAUAAACAGUUCAUCAGCAUUUGACUCUUUGAUUGACAUUUCAUCUUCACUCACUGUAUGUACUGUUUUUCCACGGUAAACUCUGCACACUUUUGCAAAGUGAUUCCAUUUUCCACAUUUAGUACACUGUUUGCCUUUAGCUGGGCAAUUCCCCUGUUCGCCAUGCACUUUGUAUCCACAAUAUCCACAUGUUUUGGGGCGUUUGGAGUCUGUGUCGCUCUGUUUUGGAGUUCUGUCUGUCUCCGUUCUGAAACAUGCUCUCUGGGCACUGGAGGUGUGCUUUGAUGUCUGCCUGACUGCGUGCACUGCUUGUUCACGUGAUGCGCUCGUGCUGCCGCCUGAAAUGGUUUUCAUCUGAACCUGUGCUAGCUCGUGAGAUCUGGCUAUGUCGAUAGCUUUGUCCAGCGUUAACUCUGAUCCAACAUUCAAAAGUUUCUCUCUCACUCGCGGUGAGUGUAUUCCAAAUACAAUACGGUCCCUGACCAUCUCAUCCUUGUUUGCAUAAUCACAGUCUUUCACAAGCAGACGCAGCUCAGUGACAAACUGUUCAAACGAUUCGCUAGCGCCUUGUACUUUCUCAUGGAAUUUGUACCUAGCGAAAAUUGUAUUGGUCUUUGGCACAACAUAUGCUUCAAAACGAUCGUAGUAUGUUUUCAGUACCUUUGAUUCAGCCUCGGUAAGUGUCCAUGUGUUGUAAAUGUCUCUCCCUUUUUCACCGAUCCAGAGGAGCAGGUAGCUGCACUUUUCCUCUUCUCCUCUUUCCUUCAGAGGACCCGUGAACAUCAGCUCCACAUGCUGUUUGAACUUACGCCAUGCAUCGGGUAGAUUUGUAGACCCCCAAUCCAUUCGAGGUGAAGGAACUCCAGCAAAAUCCAUAUUUCAGUCCUUUUACUCUGACACCAUGUCUUGUUUUGUAUGCUUUGUACAAAAUAAUAAAAUGCAGGAUGACAGGAUAUUUAUAAACGUAGCUCUUUAUUAACUAGCUGUAACUGGCAUGUCCAUGUGUCUCUGGCCAUGAUCAUCUUUAGAAUGCCCUCACCACCUGGGUGGUCUUAACCAAUCAUAGCACAGUAUGAUAUGACAGUAUAAUGAAUCCAAUUACAAUUCAGUAUGCUGACACAUAUGAAUAUUACAAAAGGGAAGCACAGCCGCGAGCUGCCCAGUGACACAAGCCUACCAGACGAGCUAAACCACUUCUAUGCUCGCUUCGAGGCAAGCAACACUGAAGCAUGCAUGAGAGCACCAGCUGUUCCGGAUGACUAUGUGAUCACGCUCUCCGUAGCCGAUGUGAGUAAGACCUUUAAACAGGUCAACAUUCACAAGGCCGCAGGGCCAGACGGCUUACCAGGACGUGUACUCUGAGCAUGCGCUGACCAACUGGCAAGUGUCUUCACUGACAUUUUCAGCCUGUCCCUGACUGAGUCUGUAAUACCAACAUGUUUCAAACAGACCACCAUAGUCCCCGUGCCCAAGGACACUAAGAUAACCUGCCUAAAUGACUACCGACCCGUAGCACUGACGUCUGUAGCCAUGAAGUGCUUUGAAAGGCUGGUCAUGGCUCACAUCAACACCAUUAUCCCAGAAACCCUAGACCCACUCCAAUUUGCAUACUGCCCCAACAGAUCCACAGAUGAUGUAAUCUCUAUUGCACUCCACACUGCCCUUUCCCACCUGGACAAGGGGAACACCUACGUGAGAAUGCUAUUCAUUGACUACAGCUCAGCGUUCAACACCAUAGUGCCCUCAAAGCUCAUCACUAAGCUAAGGAUCCUGGGACUAAAUACCUCCCUCUGCAACUGGAUCCUGGACUUCCUGACGGGCCGCCCCCAGGUGGUAAGGGUAGGUAACAACACAUCUGCCACGCUGAUCCUCUACACGGGGGCACCUCAGGGGUGCGUGCUCAGUCCCCUCAUGUACUCCCUGUUCACUCAUGACUGCAUAGCCAGGCAUGACUCCAACACCAUCAUUAAGUUUGCCGACGACACAACAGUGGUAGGCCUGAUCACCGACAACGAUGAGACAGCCUAUAGGGAGGAGGUCAGAGACCUGGCCGUGUGGUGCCAGGAUAACAACCUCUCCCUCAACGUGACCAAGACAAAUGAGAUGAUUGUGGACUACAGGAAAAAAAAAAGAGGACUGAGAACGCCCCCAUUCUCAUCGACAGGGGCUGUAGUGGAACAGGUUGAGAGCUUCAAGUUCCUUGGUGUCCACAUCACCAACGAACUAUCAUGGUCCAAACACACCAAGACAGUCAUGAAGAGGGCACGACAAAGCCUAUUCCCCCUCAGGAGACUGAAAAGAUUUGGCAUGGGUCCUCAGAUCCUCAAAAAGUUAUACAGCUGCACCAUCGAGAGCAUCCUGACUGGUUGCAUCACCGCCUGGUAUGGCAACUGCUCUGCCUCCGACCGCAAGGCACUACAGAGGGUAGUGUGUAUGUCCCAGUACAUCACUGGGGCCAAGCUUCCUGCCAUCCAGGACCUCUAUACCAGGCGGUGUCAGAGGAAGGCCCUCAAAAUUGUCAAAGACUCCAGCCACCCUAGUCAUAGACUGUUCUCUCUGCUACCGCACGGCAAGCGGUACCGGAGCGCCAAGUCUAUGUCCAAAAGGCUUCUCAACAGUUUCUACCCCCAAGCCAUAAGACUCCUGAACAGCUAAUCAUGGCUACCCAGACUAUUUGCACCCCCACCCCAUCUUUUUACCCUGCUACUACUCUGUUAAUUAUUUAUGCAUAGUCACUUUAACUCUACCCACAUGUACAUAUUAACUCAACUACCUCAACUAUCCGGUGCCCCCGCAAAUUGACUCUGCACCGGUACCCCCCUGUAUAUAGCCUCCCUACUGUUAUUUUAUUUUACUUCCGCUCUUUUUUUCUCAACACUUUUUUGUUGUUGUUGUUUUAUUUUACUUAUUUUAUUAAGAAAUAAAUGCAUUGUUGGUUAAGGGCUGUAAGUAAGCAUUUCACGGUAAUGUCUACACCUGUUGUAUUCGGCGCAUGUGGCAAAUAACAUUUGAUUUGAUUUGAUUUUGGUAGCAUACCACCAUAGCGGUUAAGAGCUUUGGGCCAGUAACCGAAAAGUCGCAGGUUCGAAUCCCCGGGCCGGCAAGGUGGACAAAUCUGCCGUUCUGCCCUUGAGCAAGGCAGUUAACCCCCAACAAUAUCUGUUCCCCGGGCGCCGAUGACGUUGAUGACGAUUAAGGCAGAACUCGCACCUCUCUGAUUCAGAGCGGUUGGGUUAAAUGCGGAAGAUACAUUUCGGUUGAAUGCAUUCAGUUGUGCAACUGACUAGGUAUCCCCCUUUCCAUAAAAUAAUUAUAUAUUUUCAAUGUUUUUUCCCCAGAGAUAUUAUUUUACACUGAGAAACUAGAUUAGUUAAAUUCGCUAUUACAUUGAGAUCGUGUGUAAGUACAAUGGAUGGAUGAUGAUUCACCACAAUGUGGUCUCAUACGCUUUUCGUCCAUGGGGUUUCCACAGAAGUACGCAUCAUAUCUCACGUAGCCCAGCAGCCCGACGCUCUGCAGAACACUAGCCCAGAUAGUCACGUGCUGCAGCAUAUGGAAUUUUAG